AUGGACCCUGGAAAUCAUUCCACAGUGACUGCAUUCAUCCUCGCUGGGCUGACAAAAUGCCCUGAACUCCAGCUGCCCCUCUUCCUCCUCUUCCUGGGAAUCUAUGUGGUCACAGUGGUGGGGAACCUGGGCAUGAUCACACUGAUUGGGCUCAGUCCUCCCUUGCACACCCCCAUGUACUAUUUCCUCAGCAGCUUGUCCUUCAUUGAUCUCUGCCAUUCCUCUGUUGUUACUCCCAAACUUCUGGUGCACUUUGUGUCAGAGAGGAGUAUUAUCUCCUAUGCAGCAUGCAUGACUCAACUCUAUUUCUUCCUUGUUUUUGUAAUUGCAGAAUGUCAUAUGUUGGCUGUAAUGGCAUAUGACCGCUAUGCUGCCAUCUGUAAUCCAUUGCUUUAUAAUGUCACCAUGUCCAAUUCAGUCUGCUCCUGGAUGGUACUUGGGGUGUAUAUGACGGGAAUGAUUGGUGCCACAGCUCACACAGGCUGCAUGCUAAGAGUGAUUUUCUGUAAGGCUGAUACAAUAAACCAUUACUUCUGUGAUCUUUUUCCACUACUGGGGCUCUCCUGCUCUAGCACUUACAUCAAUGAGGUGAUAGUUUUGUGCUUUAGUGCAUUUAAUAUCUGUUUCCCAACCCUUGCCAUCCUUGGCUCCUAUGUCUUUAUCAUUGCCAGUAUCCUGCAAAUCCGCUCCAGUGAGGGCAGGUCUAAAGCCUUCAGCACAUGCAGUUCCCACAUCUCAGCUGUCAUUGUUUUCUUUGGUUCUGUGACAUUCAUGUACCUACAGCCAUCAACUGUCAGCUCCAUGGACCAAGGGAAAGUGUCAUCUAUAUUUUAA